AAGCAGGAACUUAAAAGACAACGCCAUGGCAUUUUGACCAACACUUUCAGCCCACAUCCAUACAAACACCAUGAACCCUCUCCGUUGACAAACACGCAUUCAUGCACCCGUGAUGGCGAGCGCGCUGCAAAUGAAGCACUCCAGUCUGGAGCACACACGGAAGCGCGUGAUAGACCCACGGCGGAGGCAAGCUGCACUCUCAUUCCUCAGCAACAUCUCUCUGGACGGACGACCCGUGCAGGAUGACGGGGACAGUCAGAUCGAGGAGGAGGACAGUUCGUUUGUGGAGGCAAGGACUAGACAGAGCCUGGUUUCUGCAGUGGGCCAGCAGCAGCAGCAGCAGGCACUGGCCGCAGCAGCGAACCAGGCUCUCAGCAGUGCCCGAGCUGCUGGCUUCAUGGCCGGGAUGUCGGGUCCCAGCGUGGCCGCCGCUGCUGCCGCUCCUCUUCCAGCGUACAGUGCGGAUGCGGAGGGGAAUACUUGCAGCGCUCAGGUGCUCCAGUCUGUGUUGUGUCCCCCUUUUUCUGCGGUGCCACCGGCGACGAGGGGGAGACUGCAAACGUACACUCAGGGAAUCCUGCCUGUACCCUACAGGCAGUCCAGCCAGAACUACAGCUGUCUAGAGGGGGGACAGAUAGCCAACUCUGCCCUGGAGCUGCAGAGAUCCAGACGGAGGCUGAUAUCCCAGCGGUCUUCACUGGAGACUCUUGAGGAUAUUGAGGAAAAUGCCCCUCUUCGCAGAUGUCGAACUUUAUCCGGAUCACCGCGACCAAAGAGUUUCAAGAAGGUCCACUUCAUCAAAAACAUAAGGCAGCAUGAUAUGCGCAAUGGAAGGAUAGUCCUUAUCAGUGGCAGAAGAUCCUUCUAUAGUGUAUUUUCUGUCCUGCCCUAUCGAGAUUGUAGCCAAACAGGGGAUGUGAAGGCAGAGAGCGGACGCCAGCGACACCCCUCCGGUGGCAUGAGUGUCAAGGAGAUGGUGAUCGGCCUAGAGGGUGUUGAAUUGGGUGCAGAUGGCAAGACUGUUUCGUACACACAGUUCCUGUAUCCAACCAAUGUCCUAGGUCGUCGAAACACCAUCGACUCCACGUCAUCUUUCUCUCAGUCUCGUAAUGCCAGUCACCGCAGCCUCAGUCUGGCACGUGCCAACAGUAACCAAAGUAGCCUUGAUACAGGGAAUGAACUGGGAGAUUUUAGGGAGUAUGACCCAAAUCUUCUGGAUGACCCACAGUGGCCAUGUGGAAAGCACAAAAGAGUGCUCAUAUUUCCCUCAUACAUGACCACAGUCAUUGAGUAUGUCAAGCCCUCUGAUCUCAAGAAGGACAUGAAUGAGACCUUUAAGGAGAAGUUCCCUCACAUUCGUCUUACACUGAGCAAGAUAAGAAGCCUGAAGAGAGAGAUCCGUAAACUAGCUCAGGAGGUGUGUGGCUAUCAGGAGUCCACAGUGGCCAUGGCUUUUGUUUACUUUGAGAAGCUGGUGCUGCUGGGUAAACUCAAUAAACAGAACCGUAAACUCUGUGCCAGUGCUUGCGUCCUCCUCGCUGCCAAGAUUGGAGGAGACCUUAAGAAGCAUGAAGUCAAGCUCCUGAUUGACAAACUGGAGGAGAGGUUUAGGGUGAACCGGCGAGAGCUAAUCGCCUUCGAGUUCCCCGUUCUGGUGGCCCUCGAGUUCAACCUGCACCUCCCAGAGCACGAGGUCAUGCCCCAUUACAGACGCCUCCUUCAAAACUCCUAGCAACAGCUCCCCAUCAGGAGAGUGCUCCUUCUCUCCUGAUCUCCUCAACCCAAGAUCUACUUGACCAGAAAGCCCCUAUGCACAUCACCGAUGUCCUCGAUCAUCUCAAGAUGUUGGCAUGAAGACACUAUUUCACUGUUCUCAAAGAUUUCUUCUCAGCCAAAGUGACAACUCAAUACUGAACUCUUGUUGUUUUUAAUAACCUUUCUAAAGGGAGUAUCUUGUUUCCUGGACCAUUGAGUUCUCAGUUCUUUGGGUGCAUUUUAAGUAGUUGUGUCUCCAGUUGAAUUUUGCCUCCUUGCUGGGUUAUGGUAAGUAUUAUGGCCCAAGUGAUAAGGAAUGGAGAUACUGUUUAUUGUGUUUCCAAACAAGUUCUAAACAGGUUUGGGCUGCUUGAUUUUGCAUCCUUUAAACAGAUUACAGUAUUCCUUUAUUUCUUCUUUCAGAACAUGUUACAUCUUCUUUAAUCCCAAUGUUUGACACUCUGCCAAAUCUCACUAGUUUCUCUGCACUUGCUCUUUCUCAGUUGAAAGCCUUAAAACUGGCGAGUCCAAUUAUUAGAAAGUAUGUGACUGUUCCUCACUAAACUUCUCCUCGUACUACAAGUGCACUUUUCGAGUGUUUGGUAUGGCAGACCUGUGUGGCAUCUGCAGAACCUAAUGGUAGACUGUUCUUCAUCUCAUUUCCCCAUUUAAAUUAAUUUUAGCCAGAAUUCCUGCUUUUAGUCCUGCUGAAAAGACCAGCAUGCAUUUGACAAUGCACAUGAAAUGCUGGUUAAACAGCAUGAUCUUUCUGGUGAAGCUGGUUGACCAAGGAAGUCUUGCUGGUCUGUUCAGCAGGAAGUUUAACCACCACACAAAAUCAUGGUGUAGAUUAUAACAGCAGUAUCUCUGGUGGGAGAUUCAUACAGUUCUUAAGGGGUAAAUUUACUUACUCCUGAUGUUUUUCUACACUUGUGUAGUGGUGUGGCUUGCUGCACUCAUGGUUACUGUGUCCAUGCUCUAUGUUAGAGUGGAUUUUGAGCACAUUUGUAGUGCUACACUGUUUUAAGCGACAUCAGGUCAUACUGCUGAGAGUCAACGCUAACUAUUUUACCUACCUGGGCCCAGCCGAGUGGUGGGAAAGGCCAUUUGUGUGACUCGUAUGAUACGGUGUUGACUAAUGGUUGCACACCAUAGCAGUGUUAAGAAAAAACUUGCAUUUGAAUUGUAAAUGCUACUUUUUUUAAAUUAGUUUGAUUUGAUGAUCAUUUUAAAUCAGCUUUUUCUGAACUAGAUAUUUGUUUUUCUAUCACCAUUGAUGUUACAGAAUUUUGUGUAAGCAGAAUAUUAUCUCAUAGUGCCCGGUUUUGUCUGUGUUACUACAUUAAUAAGUGGCCGUUCACACUGAACAUUUUUUUUAUUGGUUGUUCUAUGUAAACAUGCACUAGACGGACAUCUUCGACAGUUGCACCACACCUCACAGUCUGUUUAUUCAAUGUGUUUUUAUAACAGCAUAUCAGUAUAAAAGAACUUAGAAAAAAGUGUUUUGAGACACCUGCAUUCUGUUCCAUUUGUUGUGCUGCAUAAAAAUGUUUUAAAUGCAAGAACGUGUCGGUCUGAAUGGCCCCAACUCUGUUUUUAAAUCAAGUACAGUAUGUGUAAGGUGUAUUAUGUUCACUAUGCACUACUAAGUUAUGAACAACAGUUAGAGCAAAAAAUCAGUUCAGAACUAUCCAAUCGUGGCAGAAGGAAUCAAACAUACUUUCAGAACAGUAAUGGCAAACUUGCCCAUUUAACCUUAAUUGUAAGAUUAUUAAGGUUUAGAAUGUGAAAAGAUUAUUGCAAACAAUAUUUGGUCUUGAGAAAUGCACUUAGCGAUGUGUUAGCGAGUAUCUUGGAUGCCCAAAACCGAUGAACGUUUGUACAAUGCAGAGACAUUUGUGUAAAUAGUCUGCUUUGCUUGUUCAGUAAAAAAAGGUACAUUUUUAAAUUUUCGAGAGACUGUAUUAAUUUCAAAUAUUUGUAUUUUUUUAUGCGUAUGUGUUUUUUCAAUAUUGUAAAGAUAUUGUAAAAUACUCUCUCCUUUCCAAGUUUAAUAUGCAGAGACAAUUAUAAGUACUGUAAUGGCGUAUGAUUAUUACUUUGUAAUGUGUUAAUUUUGUGGCUCUAUCAAAUCAGUGCUUUGUUUGUGUAAGAAUCCAGACCAGAUAGAUACUCCAACACUGGCUCAACCAAUGGCAUGAGUUGGGGGUGGGACCGUUUGUUUGUCUGACGAAUGGCAGAGGUGAGCGUUUUCGGGAAACCUUGUUUAAAACAAUUAUUAUUUUUGCUUUAGUUCCUUUAGUGUAACUAGUGGCACAGAAAUGACACUCUUCACCUUUAAAGACUAAACAGUGCAUGAGGUGUAACAUACUGUCUGUUUUUGUCUCUCUAAACUGAUCUCUAGUUCUCUCUCUGUAAUGUCUGCAGUUCGAGCAGUGGCCAGGUUUGGGGGGUCCCCGGACCACCCCGGCCUACCCGGAAAAUUAGAGAAUAUUCUUUGACUUCAAAUAUAUAUUUAUAAAAUAGUUUAAUAAAUAAUUUCAAAAUAGUUUAAAAAAUGUAAUAAUAAAUAGUUUGUAAAAAAAACCAAAUUCUGAUUCUGAAAGUGUGAAAACUGUUUGAAUGUGGCAUUUCUAUGUUGUUAGGGAAAAUUUGGUUAAAAAAUAAAUAAAUAAAUUGGGCAAAAACUUGGCCCAUCAAUUUUUAUUGAGGCUCACCCAAAAGUAAUUUCCUGAGGAACCCUUGAGUUCCAUUAAACAGGAAAUGCUAUGUAACGCCAUUCUUCACUUUUUAAAAAGUGAGAAUUUUAAUAAAAUGUAGAGAACUGCCCCUCAUGGUGAUAUUAACAUUCACAAUGAUACUCUUGGCUUACAUCAUCGUCUCAUGUCCUUCAGCCACUCUUUCUUCCAUGCAACUCACAAAUAGGCCCGAUUCUACAGGGGUGCUUGAAGCACCCUCAAACGGAUGUCAGAGCAUGCUCAAUUAAACAGUGUUGGUGCUUUACUGCAUCUUCACUUUAACUAAUAGAUUACUAAUCCCCAGAUAAUUACUAAUUAUUAUACUAAUAAUAAUUUCAGAAGCACCCACAGAGAUUUUGAUCUGGAACUGGGCCUGCUCACAACUCACUAACACACUCAAGCUUGUUUUUACAAGACACUGUAUGAGGUCAUCCUAGACAGCAAACUCUCCUCUGUGGACAACAUUGUGGAAACUAUUGGGUUCUGCUGAAUCAUAAAGAAAAUCAGAACAUUACUUACCUCCUCGUUCAAGUGCAGCUCUCUCUUCAUGUGUAUUGGCUACAUGCAUCUCAAUAACAUCUACAACAAUGCAGGACAAAUAUGGGUUUAACCUCUGCAAAUUUUCUCAUUCAGCAUGUUUUUGGCCUGCAAUUCUGACAAUGGCCUGACCCUCUGUUACCUUCCAUCCUUCUACAAAGUGUACACUUGAGCCUGGCAGAUGUACUCUGCUUUUUCUGGCUCAUCUCUGCCCAUUUCUUUAAUAUGAAACUCCAGAAAUGUCCCUCCUUAUGCCCUAAUGGUGAAUCGAGCUCCCAGUCACUAGCAGGACAGACAACUCACCAAUUGCAUUCAAGCUAUAAGGCGAGAAACGUAUGCUGAACAAGUACACAAACACAGACCCAAUUGCUUGGCCUACGCACUGCUGUUUAAUAGCACUUGGUCGAUUGUACGUAGGCCUCCUCAACAUGUUUUGUUGUGUCAGUGAGGUAACUAGCUAUAACUAUGUCGACCAUUUAAGUAAUUUUCUUAGCAAGAUUUCCUUCAAACUGUUGCUCUGCUAUGACAGUGCCUGAAAGACUACAGUUUGCUAAAGCCCACUAUAAAUGAAGUUACUGUUUACAAACACACACUAGGUGAUGGCACUUCUGGGAUCUUACUGGCUGUUUAUGAGUAGAUUUGGUAAUAACAAUAAUGCAAUAUUUCUAAAAUAUGUCUUUACAUUUAUAUCAGCCUGAUCUCACAGUGAAUUCAGAAACAACAGGUUUACUUUUCUUGUGUUAAAGUCGGUCUGUGCAUACUAAAGCCGAAACACUGCCUCCAGUGGCCAAAGCAGGAAGAGUUUUUGAAUAUGAGGGCUUGUGUGCACACAGAGGGGCACCAAAAGCAAGUUGUACAGCCAGUUUUUUUUUUUUUUUAUUAUUGGUAAAUCAUGUAAGAGUGAAGAGGAAUAUAUAUUUUAUUAACUCUAACCUCAAACCCCAGCCCUAAACCUAACCAUCAGUGGAGUAAAAAUGUAAUCUUAGACCAAAAAAUGGAACCUCAGAAUCGUGCUCAUCACUAAUUAUGCAAACUCGAUUACUUCCUGAGCUGCAUUCGAAACUGCCUACUGUCAGAGUAUGUACAGCACUGCAUUUGAUGAAGUACGCAAUUUUCGGAUGGUAAAAAAAGUAUGAAUAGAUUACGGACAUGCUUCAUCUGAGAGUGUGGGCAUUGUCCCGUGACCCGACUAUUUGAUUUUAUAACAACAGCCGCAGAAGUAAUCUACUCAAGUUUUGUUAAACAAGCACCAUUUAAGCAUAAGAGUAGCACUUACAGUUGAAAAGAGCCACCCGACACGUGGUUCUCUGCCAUUUUUAUUUUCAAACCAGCGUUUGAAUGUAUCUCCUUAGGUCCCAUGGGAUAAUAGGACAGUAAAGUGUCCAGUCGAUCCACACUUUAGAAUCUUGCCUGAAAUAGAAGGUCAUCCCAGUAUUUCUCGCUUACUGUUUUAUAAAUACUGAGGAUUUGGACAUACUACCUCAUUAGCAUACUGUUUUUGAAAUACAGUACUAUAAAGUAGGGAAGUUUGCAUAUUCAGCUGGUUUCAACACGGUGUGAGAACCCAGGUCUCCCGCACAGCUGACGCAAAAUGCUAUCAGUCGCAUCAUGAACGAUCAAACACACUUGAACCGAUAGUAAGUAAAUUGGCUUUUUGCAUAUGUAAUAUAUGUCAUAUGUUAUUAUGUAUUUGUACCAAUGAUUUAAGCAAUAAAGACACAUAU